AAGAAAAUAAGAAAACAGUCGCUCUCAUCAACUGCAAUCUGAGUACACGUAAUCGCAACUUUGUCGGUGUGUUGGUUGGUUUAGACGAUUGGAUACGGAUUCAUGCGGUACAUUUUGUGACUUGAGACUCUUCACAAUCAGUCUUAAGUAUCUAUGUGACAUUAAUCGAACCAAAAAGUAAAAGAAAAUAAAGCGGAAUACUCCAAAUGCACACGGAAAUCCAAAAUUCUAUGAAAAUGAUAAGAAAUGAUUCAAAUGAUUUAAGCAACAACUAAAGAAAACGAAAAAACAAAAACCACAACCCCAAUGAAUUGAAUGAAACUACUGAAAAGAAAAGUAACGCAGAGAAAACAAAAGCCAAGAACAUUUUUCAAAAAACAAAAAAAAACCAAGCAACUAAAUACAACAACAACAAAAUAUUCAUAGAAAUUAAUUUGUGAUUUAAACAGUGUUAACAAUUUUAUAUAUUUGAAUUACGAGUCUUAUAAAGACUUAAAAUCUAGAUUAAAUUAAAACCAAAACUAACAACAACAAAAAAAUAGAAGAAAAAUUAACCAAAUAAAAACAGACAAAACUAAAAUCAUUUAGAUCAAGGCCGUAGGAGCACCUAUAAAGCAGCAACCAGGCACAGCAACAAAAACAACACUUACAGCGUAUGCCUGGGCCACAAAGUUGUAUUGUAAUUUAUUGCGGCUUUAUUUUGUCCGUCAAUAGUGCCGUGAAAUUGUUUAAACGAUUAGCGAUUAUUUUAUGAUGGAACUGUUGUCAAACAACUCCCUACCAACUCAGAUGGCCUCGGCAACCAGCAAUACUUCAGCAGCGAACGGAAAUCAAAACGGCCAGGCAACCACGGCCGAACGUCUAUUGGCCGGUAUCUUGGACUCAUUUCCAGCUUGGGAACUAAACGGUGGCAUAAUGGGCAGCAAUCCACGCAAUGAUUCACCACCACGUAAUGACUUCUUCUUCAACAAUCUCCUGAGUUCCUUGGAGGCACCAAAUGAAUUCAGUCUUGGUGUGGCUCCCAUUGGCACGGCACCCAUGAGGGCUCCCCCCAAAAUGUCCCCCGAAUCUUCGAAUAAUUCCAGCAUCAGCUGUAGCUGGUGUGAGGUGAACGCCUCCAUACGCUGCCUGGAGUGCAAUGAGUUCAUGUGCAACGACUGUCUCCGAGAACAUCGCAAAUCACCGCUAUCCUCGAACCACUCCAUAAUAUCCUUGCCCACGCCAAUUGGCACUUCUCCCACAGGCGGCAUGUCUACCAGUGUGCCCAUUGUACCCAGUCCCAACUAUUUGUGCGAUCAACACAACGAGCUGUUGCGCUAUGUAUGCGAAUACUGCAAGAAGCUCGUCUGCCAGUGCUGCACUCUGCACGAACACAAAGAGCACUGCUACUCGUCCAUACAGAACUUUGUCGACGAGUCCAGGGAAAAGAUUGAGUCGGCAUUGGAAAGCAGUCGCAUGGGCACCAAAUGCAUUAAGAGCAGCAUUGACAAAGCGCUGGCCUUUAUACGCCACGUUGAGCGCAAUUGUGCCGAGCUGAGCGACAACAUUCGCAAGGGUUUCCGCCAGUUCCUCAUUGCCUUGGAGGAUCGUGAACGCUUCCUUUUGGAUUUUGUUGAGAAACUGCGCCAACGUCGCCUGGCCAUGUUGCACGACCAAAUGGCUGGUUUGAAAUCCGCUUUGGCCGGCCUGGCUGAGACCUCAGAAAUGUUGCAUAAAGUAGCCGAGAACGGUGCUCGUAUGGAUCAGGUUGACAUUGCCAUGAAGGUGACCAACGGUCAACGUCAGUUGGAACAAUUCGCUGCCAUCUACAAAGAUCUCCAGCCUAAGCAAGAAGUGUUUGCAUUCUCAGCUCCCGAUUACACAUUGCUGCAGGACAUUCGCAAUCAGGGCGGCAUUGUCUUGGUCGAUGAAAAGAAUAUGCCACUGAUGACUAUUAGUGGUGGUACAAUUGUGGGUGGCACCGGUGCUGUCGAGUCGGUGGGCACUGUACUCUCCAUGCCUGGCAAUGGCAUGCCCAAUGGCGCUGUAGUUCCGGCUAAUAUGAGACGUCCUCUGUUGCGCGACAACUCAUUCCGCAAUCCUUCGCCAGUCAUGCAAGUUAGAGGUGGCAGUGCUUGCAGCAUGCCCAACCCAGGCUUAGACUGGGAGCUCAGUGUUAUGCGUAGUUCGCCGGGUUUACAUUUCGGUGCCCCACGUUCGACCCCAGCAAUUCCCGGCACCACAGAACCUGUAAAGGCACGUAACUCCAAUGCCUUGUCGCUAUCCUUUGCCACCGAGGGUCAUGAAGAUGGUCAAGUCAGCCGCCCCUGGGGUUUGUGUGUUGACAAAAUGGGUCACAUUCUGGUCUCCGACAGACGCAACAAUCGUGUACAAGUCUUCAAUCCGGAUGGCUCGCUCAAAUUCAAAUUCGGUCGCAAAGGAGUGGGCAAUGGCGAAUUCGAUUUGCCCGCCGGCAUCUGUGUCGACAUUGACAAUCGCAUUAUUGUCGUCGACAAGGAUAAUCAUCGUGUGCAAAUAUUCACCUCGACUGGUGCUUUCCUGUUGAAAUUCGGCAGCUAUGGCAAGGAAUACGGACAGUUUCAAUAUCCCUGGGAUGUGGCUGUUAAUUCGAGACGUCAAAUAGUGGUAACCGAUUCACGUAAUCAUCGCGUCCAACAAUUCGAUUCCGAGGGUAGAUUUAUACGGCAAAUUGUAUUUGAUAAUCAUGGUUCCAAUAAGGGCAUAGCCUCGCCACGUGGUGUGUGUUACACGCCCACGGGCAAUAUAAUAGUAUCCGACUUUGACAAUCAUUGUUUAUACCUGAUUGAUCCUGACAUAAAUGAUAUAUUAUCAGCCAAGGGUCAUGAAGGUUCCGGUUUCCAAGAAUUUAAUCGCCCUUCAGGUAUUUGCUGUGACGAUGAUGGUCGUAUUAUAGUAGCCGAUUCCAAGAAUCAACGUAUUGUGGUCUAUAGUCCGACUUUGGAUUAUUUGUGGGAUAUUGAAAUCAGACCAUCUUUGAAUCCAUUAAUGCCUCCCACACUCGAUGAAAAGGAUCGCACAUGCGAUGUGGCCCUAAUGCCAGACGGUCGCAUUGUAUUCCUUAUCGAGCUAUCACCAGACUCUAAAGAGGGAUCAAAUCCCUACAAACGUUUCGUGCAUGUCUUCUAACGAUCGACAUAUCCGUCUAGGGGAUGGAUAUCAGGUACUACAGCAACUAAUUCUACAACUACAGAAUCAUGUUAUACAAAGGAAAGAAAUCCCGCCUCCUCCUCCAAUACCACGUUCAUAAUUAUGGGUAAUGUCAUUGCAAAUAAUUGUGAGCUAGAAAACUCAUCGAUCUUCUUGAAAAAAUGAUUAUAAAAGAAAGCAGAACAAGAAAACACAAAGCAUAGCAAAACAAAAAAAGAAAAAAACAUUUUUAGUAUUUAAGUUACAACGAUUACCUCGUUAAAAGAUAUAGCAUAUAGUAUAUAUAUAAUUUAGGGAUCAGUUAUUAGUAUGAAUCAUACAUUCAACUUAAGAAGACGAAGACACUCCAUUGAAAGAAUACAAAUUAACUUGAAAACCACCAUUACCAUUACCACCACUACCACCAAAAUCCAUAAAUUCAUUUUUAGCCCGCCUUGAAGCCAUACAUUAAUGGAUGGAAGAGGUAGGCAUGGUACUUUCUUGAUUGUGUUUUAUCAUCUACAUUCAUUAUGUUUUCAUAUUUAUAUAUUUACUUAUAUACCACCCACCCACCACACAUCCAUAUACACACAUACUUAUAUACAAAUUAAAUUCAUUAAUUAUUAAUUUUUUAUUAUUAUUUUAUUUUUUAGAUUGUUUUUUAUUCUCUAUUAAUCCAAGAUUAAUUUCUUUUUUUCAAAUAGACUGAUUUAUUGUAUAAAAAAAGUGAAAAAGUUAAAAACUCAAUUUCUAACAGACUUUUAUAACCUAAAAAAAGAGGAAAAAACCUAAAAAAAUAAAGUUCAACAGAAGAAAAAAAAAAAUUAAAGCAUCACAUUUAAGUCAAGCUUAAAAAAGCUAAAAAACAUAAAUAAUAAUUAAGAAAAAAUAACAACAAUAACAAGAGAACAUAUUUACAAUUUAAAUUAACAAAAAACCAAGUGCAGCAAACUAAAAUACAUUUAACAAAACAAA